GCGACAAAAUGAUUCCCUAUUUUGUACUCGAUUGAUUUUUUUUCAAAAAUUGACUUUUACAUUAAAUCAUCGAAUAUUUUAUUCAAAAACCGUAACAUAUUUAGAUGAAAAUAUAUUGAUAGUAAAGAAGCGAAAAUAAUUGAUUUAUUAGAAGAAACAACAAAAGACAUGCAAAACACGAGUAUAAAUCAAGCAUACUAUGCGUCUUCUCUUUAAACACUCCCAUUUGUAUUUUCGUAGUUGUCGGUUGAAGUGUGGAGCGUGAGGGCGUGACUCCUUGGUGGCCAUGCUACGGGUUUUAAUGAUCUAGUGUUUUUGUAUAGUGCGUGAUAUAUGUUUUGAAGUGUUCAGAUCGUUCCCGAUCUGUUAAAAACUUUUUAGAUAUGCCUGCAAAGCCGCAUCAAAGCUUAAGAGACUUCAUAUGGAACAGCGAUGAAAAGAAGUUUUUGGGGCGGACUGGCGGUAGCUGGUUGAAGAUCGGUAUCUUCUACGUCAUAUUCUACGCGUGUCUGUUGGCGUUCUGGGUGUUAUGUCUGGUGAUAUUUCUACAAACGCUGAAUCUCCGAGAACCACGGUGGACGGCGAAGAGUGGCAGCUUAAUAGGACUCAACCCAGGUCUCGGUUUCCGUCCACGGCCGCCGGCCAAAUCCAUCGAGAGCACGCUGAUCUGGUUCAACCGCGGCAAGGCUGAGAACUGGGGCCACUGGGUGAAGGAGCUCACCAACGUCACUGAGUCGUACCGAUUCGUCGACCCGAACGCCGGCGCCCAGCUGACCACCUGCGACUACGACAAGCCGGCCAACGAGAACCAGUUCUGCGAGUUCAAAAUCGACGAGCUCGGCGGCUUUUGCACCAAGGAGCGCCGCUUUGGCUACGAGGAGGGCCGCCCGUGCAUCAUCGUCAAGCUGAACAAGAUCUACGACUGGCUGCCCGACUUCUACCCCAGCGUCAAGGACCUGCCGGCACACAUGCCGAACGCCGUGAAGGACAUCAUCGCCAAGGACUUUGCCGAGCCGGUCACUCAGAACAUCACCCGACAGAACGUGUGGAUCUCGUGCGAGGGUGAGAACCCGGCCGACAUUGAGAACAUCGGCCUGGUCAACUACUACCCGCACCCGGGCUUCCCGACCUACUACUACCCGUUCACCAACGUGCAGGGUUACCAGAGUCCGCUGGUCGCCGUCGAGUUCGCCGACGUCAAAUCCGGUGUGCUGAUCAACAUCGAGUGCAAGGCCUGGGCCAGGAACAUCCACCACGACCGGAAGGAGCGGCGCGGCUCGGUGCACUUUGAGCUGAUGGUGGACUAGUGCCGCGCGCCCGGCGCCCGUAGUCGACCUACGUAGCCAGCACCUGGCGGGCGCGGCCGAGCCGAGCGGAGAGGAGGGGAAGGGAGGGCGCACUGCCGGACGGCGGCGGCCGCAGCUGCCGCCGGCGAGACUCGAUCCGACCGGACCGCGGCCGGGAGCCAUCCCGGCCGCCGAGAGAGAGUGGAGCAGCGACAGAGCCGGAGCGAGAGGGAGUGAGAUAGCGCCGGCCCCGACUGCGGGCUCUGUAGGAGUGCACGGACCCAGAGCGCCAGUGGUCAGUCAGCCGACAGAGGGUACAUGUGUUCCGGCCGCGGCCGACCGUCUGUUUCACCGUGUUUUAUCGUUUGUCUCAUUUUGUUCGUUGUUCUAAAUGACAGUGACGUAGACGCGACCGACCGGUCAGAGAUGUCAAAUUGUUUGCUCAAUCGGUCGGAGUUCCGUUUUAGCGCUGUGCGAGUCGCUGCAUGUACUUAUGCCCGUCCCUUCUGCUGGAUAGGUGGGGUGGGGAAGGGAGGGAGGGGGAGGGGGCACCGCCGAUAGGCCUGCCAUUCGUCCAGCAUUCCACACAAUCGAGAGAAUCUCUCCACGCAUUUAUGGUAGUUAGAACCAGCGGAGUUGGAGCCGGCGAGUGGCGGAGCUAGAUCUGAGGGCGCCUCCGCCGCCCGAUCGUUAACUAGGCAGCUACGUGUGGGCGCGCGCCGGGCGCCGUAGUGUGACUGUGUGGCAGCUAAAGGCAUUCCAGCGACGCAUGGCGCGCCGCCGAGCCGCGUGUUCGAUGAAUAAAUCCCGGAGGUGAUGU